GCCGCCGUGAAACGAAACAAGAAAGGUCGAUUUAAAAAGAAACGGUACAGCACGGUCAGUAAAUGUUAAUGAACUUACUCUGGAUCAUAAUUAUGUGUCAGGACAUUAUUUUGAAGGGGAAUGUUGUGAGGUGUGUUUUCACGGUAUGAAAACGUUGAUAAACAGUAGAAAAUUCAGUUCUACGGCGUGGAAGAACGGUCGACGAAUAAUUGAGCGGUCGUCAAUUAUAGACACACUUUCCAGUUGUCAACAUUGUAAAUGCAGGCAUCUUUAUUUAACUAAAUACACAGUUAAGGGCGAGAUGAAACUGGGACUAGGUGGAUAUCUCUAUAUCCAGUGUACACUCUGUCUCCGGCUGAACAGGAUACCGUAUGGGAAGACCCACAGAAGUGAGAAACAAAACGACAAGGGGAUGCCAAGUUUUUGCAUAAAUACUAAAGUCGGCGCAGCAAUGAUAGACAGUGUUGGUGGACCCCAGCGGAUGAACAACCUGCUUACCACCCUUGACCUUCCCUUCAUAAACAAUAGAAGUUUGAAAACAAUGGAGAGAAGAGCGGGCCAGUUCAUCGAGAAAUAUGCAGAAGAAAAGUGUCAUGGCCUAUGAGAAAGAAAUGAUAAAGAAGAGGAUGUCAAGGAGGAGUUUAGAGACUUAGGGGUUGCUGUUAUUUCAGAUGAAUUUCAUGGAGAUGUGUCUAGACUGGCAGACCCAAGUACAUGCACCUCUUUUGAUUCUCCAGGUGAUGGAAACAGCUCUAAAGGAUCCAAACUUGAGCAGGCUACUUAUGAAAUGAUUCUGAAUCCCAAUAAAGAUGUCGCUUCUUAUGAUGCCCACAGAUCAAAGAAAACGCAUCCAGCAGUCAAAAAACUCUCUAUUCCUCCUAAGUCACGUAAAGGCAUGACAGUUUGCAUCGACCAUUGAUGGCAAAAAGGGGGUUUGACAGUUUAACAGUUUUUCUCCCAGGGCAUACAUUCAUGAUGAGCAAAGAAAAUAAGGUUUUGAAGGCAGUUGUAACACACCGCACUUGUGGAGUAUUCAAAUGGUGGAAGAGAAAUAGAUCAGGAGUAAAAGUUCGGGAACAUCGUUGUGUGUGGAAUCACAGAGGAUCUGCCAGGGCCAUGGAGAGUGAAGCAGGCCUGAAAGCCAUCAAGGAUAUGAUCCAAGAAGGUUUUCAGUAAAAUUGGGCUUUCCCCUGGUCACUUCAACAUGAAGUUCUCCAACAAAGUGGAUGAAUACAUGGUGAAACGAAGGGAGAAGAUGAAAUUGCCAGGGACAAAACGCAGACGCCUUAUCCUAAAACAAGAAAGAGCAAUGUAAAUGAAUGCAUCCGAGGCAUCUGAGGGGCCCACCUAUCAAUCAGAGAUUGGUUUAGGUACAGAGGCUGACAUUGAGCAGAUUCCGAAUCCCAUUCCCAAGCCAAAUUAUGGUGCUGUCCAAAAGCUGAAGAACAUGGAGGCAAAGUACAUUCUAUUUGAUCUUGAAACUACAAGCCUUAUCAGACAAGGAGCUAUGCCUCACAUAACUGAAAUUGGCGCAGUGGAGAUAGAAUCUGGAAAUGUGUUUUCAACUUAUGUUCAGCCAAAGAUUCCAAUAGAGCCCGGAACAGAAGAAACAACAGGAAUAGUCUGUGAUGGGACCUCUGUAUUUGCACAUGGAUCCAAAGUUACUGCAGUCCCCAUACGUGAAGCGAUAUUGAACUUCCUCAAGUGGCUAGGUACAUUUGGCAAAUAUGGAAUUACACUGGUUGCUCACAAUGGCCGUGUGUUCGAUUUCCGUGUCCUUUCCCAUGCCAUUGACUGUAUUGGAUUACAUGAAGACUUUCUAGAAAUAGUGUCUGGUUUUACUGACUCAUUGUCUUUGAUUCGUUCAAAACAUAAGAAACUUGAAAAGUAUUCACAGAUUUUUUUAGCUAAGCACUUCUGUAAUGAGACUUAUUCUGCACAUGAUGCAGUGGAAGAUGUGAAAAUGCUCUCAAAAUUUUUAUCAGUUGCUGUUUCACAAAGUGAAUUGUCAAAAGCUGCAUAUGAUGCAGAAACCCCCUUUCUUCAACAUAAGUAUAAUUCCGCAAAAACAUUAUAUCUGCCAUCAUUGAAUAUUCUGGUUGGUAAUGGUGUUAUGAAAAUGAACAUGGCAGAGAAUGUUGCAGGCUCCGGACUUGGUCUGCAUCAUCUGAAACUAAUACAUAAGCAUUCUGGUGAAGAUGGUCUGCGCAAUAUUUUUUGUUCCCAAACCUCUCGUGGUAAACCACGAGUUACGAGUGAUUGUAAGGUUUUGGAUUAUGUAGUACCUAAAUUAUGUCAGUUUUUGUCACAAUAGAAAUGUUGUAUUCUAUUACUUAGAAGUUACUUUAUACAAACUUGUACAGUGCAAUGAUGUGUCUUAGACUCAGACCACUUUUAUGUUAAGUUUGUGAGUAAAAUGCCCGGAGGUUACACAUCGAUAAAUUCUUCAAAAAGAAUGUUUGAUUCUUAUAAUUCCAGUUCAUUCACUUUAUUAACAAUUGCAAAAAUUUGAAUAGUUUCCCCGCACUAUGUUAUUUGUUUUCAGGUGUGUAUGAAUACAUUGAGUUUUCGGAUUUAUUGAUGUGUAAACUCUUGUUCAGCUUUAUUUUUGUCCAAUCAAAACAAUUGUAAUAAAUAACAUUGGAAUUAUUUUAAAGUAUGUUUUAUAUGAUUAGAUGCCUAAAUUGUGCCAUUUUUUAUCUGUUCAAAGCAUGCUACUGACCACGAAUGUUUAGGUCACCCUAGUCACUCUCAGAUGAACUAGUGUUGUUGGUCUUUGUUUGUCGCCAUGUGUUGUCGGCUAACAUUUUUACAUUUUUCAUUUUCUCUUGAAAACAUAGACUAGGCUAAUGUUACCAAUAGGGCUGUGGAAUGAAAAUGUAUUAUAUUUCAUAAUUUUAUUAUUAUAUUGAAUCAAAUUCUAUAAAAUCUUUAUUUUCAGACAAGUGUGUGGAUAAAAUAAUUGCGUGGUCUACGUAUGGGGUAUGGUACUCAGGUGAUCGUUAAGGCCUGUGGGCCACUUGUUUAUUACAUGUGCAUGUAACCAAAUUGUCAUAAAUACUGGUAUUCAUUUUGUGCAUAAUGUACAUGUGUUUCCUUAACCAGAAAAUCAUGAAAUUCAUCAUACAAUACAAUUGACAC